AUGAUGAUGGAUACCACUAUGCACGGCGGCGCCGAGAGUUUCGGGGUCUCAACCUCUCAGUCGCAGCCUCAUCAGUCGGCGAUAACACAACACAAUCCACAUCAUCAUAGUAUACAUCCGCAUCAGCAACUCGGGCUCCACCAGCGGACCGAUGCCUCUUUACAUGCCGACGCCGGCGGCGUGGACGUCAGUGGACUCGCCAACUCCGAUGCCGUUGCCGCCGCGGCUCUCGGAGCGACUGGCCUGGCCGGAGGUCAUCAUCAUCAUCAUCAUCACCAACAUCAUAACGGAGGUCGAGGGUUUUCCGUGUCUCAUCUCCUUAAUCUCCAGGAUGUGAGCGGGUUCGGCGACCACGGUCUCGGGGAUGGAACGGGAGGCAUGCCGGUGAGAGACGGCUCACCCAGCGGGAUCAUGUGCGGUGAUGGGUUAUUAGAUGAUGGUUCAUGUGGCUCGUUGUCAGACAACGGAAUCAUCUCGGCCAAAUCAAAACGACAGCGCCGCAAUCGGACUACGUUUACCACCGCUCAGCUCGAUGCGCUGGAGAAGGUAUUUGAAAGGACACACUACCCUGAUGCUUUCUUACGCGAGGAGCUUGCAAAGAAGGUCGAUCUCACGGAAGCACGAGUCCAGGUCUGGUUUCAGAACAGACGAGCUAAGUUUCGUCGUAACGAGAGAAGCCUCCAAGCCGCCAAGGUCGCCGCAGCCAGGAGAAGACCUUUUAACGGCGUCAAUGUCGAACAACCAGUGGCGCCGCGUCCCUGCCCAACCAGCACAGAACUCGGCAGCACGUGGAACUCCGCCGCAGCCGCAGCGGCGUCCUACGGGAGACUAGCCGGUGUCAUGUCGCAGGCAGCCGCUGGCCACAUGUCAAUGAUGAACAUGAAUGCGUUGGAAAACGCCGGAGGACUAAGCUCAAGUUGGGCUAAUUUGAGGUUAAAGGCGAGAGAAUACAGCAUGCAACAAAUUCCACUUAUCUAGGAGCGAGAUUCGAGGCUUUCUAUUAUCUCACUUUCAUGCGUCAGACGUGUUCAUCUGUAAACUGACGGUUCUCACACAAAAUAAAAAAAAAUACGGACCAAGUUUGAUUACGACUACAACGUCAGAUAAAUCUUCUAGCUUAGCUCCUACCAAGAUGUAUGACGUCACAAAACAUCUUUCCUUCAUCAAUAAGGCAUUGGGAAAUUCCGUUUGCCAAAAAAUAUUUUUGGAGGACACAAUUCGGUUUGAUUGUGGAUUAAACGACAUUGGUCUUUUCGGAAGAUUCGUCCACUUUUGUGACAAGUGAUCAUUGUUGUAAUUUGUUGAAAGGAUAGAGGAGUUAAAAUGAACAUCUUAUACUUGGUUUUGUUUCGAUUCUGUGAAGGAGCGGUAUAUCUAAUUAUGACUGGAUGAAAUAAAAAUGUAUAUCUAUUCAGUAAUUGAAAAAGAAAACAAGGCUAUUAUAUAAUCUUGCAGUCUCUAUAAAUGAGCUAGAAGUAAGUACAGAUGAUCAGAUGAUUCAGUUUUUGUAAAAAUCCUUUCAACAUAUUUUCAAUGUGAUUUUAUCCCACAAAAUAUUUUUCUUACAUCGAACCAGCUUUACAGAGACUUUCUAAAAUUUUAAUUUUUUUAAGCAGAAGUGGAAUUAUAUUCCUCGUGUAAUUACUUUUAUUACAAAACUCCAUCAACGAAACUUAAACACCGUUGAAACACCUAAUGAACGUCAUAAAAAUAGUUUCGAUCCAAAGGUGAAAUUCUUCAUACCUAAGAUCAAAAUUUCUUAUCAGUGUUUACCUGUAACUGUAUGAUUUGUUUAAAGUAUUAGACACAAUAUUCAAUAUAAGAACGAAUUGAUAAAAAAGAGAGAGUUGAGACUAGCAUUUUGCUAUUUUCAUGAAUCUUAUUAAAACCCAACAAAUCUCGUUAUAAGUGGACUGUGAUCUUGGGAUGUGAUUAGCGGGGCGGUGGGGGCCGGUGGAGGGUUUCACCUGAAAUUUUGAAUUUGUAAAGUAAUAAAUGAGAAAGGAUCGUCCACGCUCCCAGACAUGGCAUUCCCACCUGUACCCCCCCUCCCGACAAAAAAAUCCAGCCUGGCAAAAUUAUUUGCUUACGAAAUAGAGUGGAAUAUUUUUUUUUUAUUUGGGGUGAAAGGAGGGGUGCACACAUACAGCAAGUAUCAUCCUGCUUCCAUUGAAGUUUGAAACAUUUGACAAUAAUGUCGAUUACAACUCAUUUUGUAAACACUCCUUUAUUUCUCCGUGUUAAACGUUUUGGUUAGAACUCUUUGCUAUAUUCUAAGAAUGAAUAAAAGUCCUCAUGCAAACUGAUCCCAAAUGACUCAUUUGGAACGGUUUAAGAGGAUCUUUCAAAUGAUUUGUCCUUUUUUAAUUGAAAUUUAUUAGUUUGUUUCCCUUUUCAUGGCAAUGUUAUUACUUUUCAGGCACUGAAAUAAUGAUGUAUACAUGAAGUUAAAGAAAAGCAAUAUAAAAAUGUUCACUAAAAUGAAAUUAUAAAUUACUUUUAUUAAUGAAUCGAUGUGGAAUGUUGAAAUGUACGAUGAAUGUAUUUAAGGAAUCGAUCUCAUGAUUUGUGGAGUUGUUCAAGGAGUUGAUGCAAAUGUUGGUAUUACGUGAAAUGUUUCGCGAAUUUGAAGAUAUUAUUCCAUGUAAAAUAAAAACCGCCAGCGAAGCGCAGCGGUGCAGACUGACACCAUGCAAAUAUUGAUGAUUUUAAAUCGUGAAUGUAACAAUAUUGAUACAACUAUAAUUUUGUGUGUAGAUAAGAUACAUUUUUAAUUAUGUAGAUUUGACUUUUAAAUUGUUGAUAUUAAACCAUUUUCAUUUCCUUAUUGCGACAUAACGAGCAUGUGUAAAUAAAUUCGUAGUUCAUAAUCUA